AUGGCAGCCACACGGAGCGCUGCUCUCAAACUCGAUUGGGCCAAAGUAGCCCAGAGCCUUGGGCUCCGCGGCCAAACCGCUGCCUCUCUCCAGGCCUUCAAGAAACGCAAUGACGACGCUCGCCGCAAAGUCCAAGUCCUAUCCGAGGCCCCCCAGACCGUCGAUUUCGCCCACUACCGCAGUGUGUUGAAGAACCAGGCCAUCGUUGACGAGAUCGAACAACACUUCAAGUCCUUCAAGCCAGCCACCUACGAUGUCAACAGACAAUUGAAGGCCAUCGAAGCCUUCGAGGCCCAGGCUGUCAAGAACGCCGAAGAAACCAAGGGUAAAGUCGAGAUGGAAUUGGAGUCGUUGUCCCAGACCUUGGACAACAUCGAGUCCGCUAGACCAUUCGAGGACCUCACAGUCGAGAAAUACGGCGACCUUGCUGUCAUGUAA